GUGUUUACAUCUACAUACCACGAGACGUCUCGCGCGGGAACAGCGUUUUGGACCACUCGGUCUCAAUAGUUGCACGCUACUUGGAAGGGCGCAUUGGGCCUUUUCGUCGCAAGUAAACGGAUAUACCUCCGCCCUGUCGCAAGCGUACGACAUACGAAGACCAUUUGCUUGAUCGACAUCUUGGAAAUGACACAGCUACGCUCACUCCUGCUCGUUAUGGUUGCUUCUGGCGCGCGAUGAGCUGGCAUUGUCUCUAAAGCAUCCGCAUUCAUUCCGCAUAAUACACAACACCCUUUCAGACUUGCUUUUCAGUCCUCAGGGAUGCAAUCCACCUGUGCCUUUUCAAGCGCCACAUCGCAUCGUCAGGCUUCACCUCUAGCAAUGUUAGCAUCGGUGCAUAAGGGAAAAUGCACUCGCUGUGCCGUUUGUCGCCGCGUGAGCGUGCUGGCUUAGCGCACUGGACCCCCGCCCUUUUCUUUCCGCGAAUAUCUAGUCGCCUCAGCUUCUCGCUUCACUUCGAAGACGUGGCCACGUUCCCAGAACGAUGUCAAGGAGAAGAUUGGAAGAAUCAAUCACGCUGCGACCUGUCUAUAACACUGUCCCCUAUUUUUCGUCGCACCUGAGAUACCACUAUCAGGUCAAUGCAUCAUAUGCGAGUGCUCCCUACUCCCAGUUCCCUC